AACUGUAGGUGGCAGAAGAAAUACGUGCUGCUUGAAAACUCUCCAUAAACCGUAGAAGAAGAAGAAGAAGAAGAAGAAGAAAACACACUCACGUCCGAAAUACCUCUGUUUCCGGACCAGUCACAACACUGAGGAGGAUUAUACAGUAAAUCUCACUGCUGCUUUCUGGCGCGGUAUUUUGGUGUAAACCCCAAGCGCCCUAGGUAGUGAGCGUGGUGCGGUUUGUGACGUGACCCGUUCUCAAGCGCGGAGCCAUGGGUUUGCUGCAGCAGUGUGCAGAGCUCUUUAACACCUCCAACCUUUAUGAGGUUCUCGGGGUGGAGAAGCAGGCGACGGAUGCAGAGCUGCGGAGGGGGUAUUAUAAACUCUCCCUGCAGGUUCACCCUGACAGAGCUCCUGGGGAUGAGCAGGCCACCAUCCGGUUUCAGGUUCUGGGAAAAGUCUAUGCUGUGUUAAACAACAAGGAACAGCGAGCUAUAUAUAAUGAGCAGGGUGAAGUGGAUGAAGAGCCGGAUUCAAUCAACCAAGAUCGCAACUGGGAAGAAUAUUGGAGAAUUCUGUUUCCAAAGAUAACUUUGCAGGACAUCAUUGAUUUUGAGAAGCAGUAUAAGGACUCUGAGGAAGAGAAGCAGGACCUAAAGAAGCUCUACAUGCUGCAUAAAGGAGACAUGGACCACAUCAUGGAAGCAGCACAGUGCAGAACUCAUGAAGAUGAGCCUCGUGUGCGGGAGAUCAUUCAACAAAUCAUAGAUGCUAAAGAGGUUCCAGCAUACAAAGGGUUUAUUCAUGAAUGUGGCAAGAAAAAAGCCACUCGCAGGAGGAAGGCAGAGAAGGAGCAACAAGAGGCUGAGGAGCUACAAAGAGAGAUGGGGCUGAGUUCAGAGAACAGCCUGGUAGCCAUGAUCCAGCAAAGACAGAAAUCCAAAGAAAAAGGUUUUAACUCGCUUAUGGCGGAUCUGGAGGCCAAGUACUGCCAGAAGUCUUCCAAGGGGAAAAAGGCGAAGAAAAACUGAAGAUUGUAAACAUCAACCAGUUUUGCUUCCAUUGAGUUCAGUCUUCUCACAUGACUGCCUUGUACACUUCAGACAGAACCAUAUUUUAGAGCUUUUUAUGUAAUUAGUGUUGGAAAUGGACCAGUUCUAUAUUACAUCUGUAUCAGACCAAUAUGAAGAUUUCAUUCAAUUCAAACAUGUUUCUAUACACGUUUCUUUAAGCUGAAUUAGUCUAGAAUUAGACAUUUGUGUGACAGUAUUAUAAAUGCACUUCUUCUAACUCAAGGUGUUUUCGUUACUUCUCACCAGAAGUUUACAGAAAGCAGUACAGGUCACCGAGGGAUUCGUUAUUAAAUAAUUUGUUUUGUGUUAUUCAUUUAGCCAAAUAUGGACUGCAUAAGAUUGAUGAUGAAGCUUUAGUUGCUCUUCUUUCUUUACAGAGCUAAUCCUUUGCUGUAUGAGAUCUAACCCCUGAAGAAGUCAUUUAAAACACAUGCUGUACUGUAGUAUGGCUACUUGAUAAGUAAAAAAGUAGUUCAUUUGAAUAAAAUUCAGCUUGACAUAAAUUAGAGAGCGUUUGUAACAAUAGAACAAUGUUUUGUAUCUUAAAGGCACGGAGGAUUUAAUAAAUAUGGACAAUUCUAAUUUCAGAAUGAGUCUAAACUUCUGUCAGCAGGUCUUUAUACACUUUUUGUAGCACUUGUACUGGUUUUGCUUUGGCAAAGUGUAAAUGUAAUAAAUGUUGUUUUCUUCA